GCCGCAGACGCGAGCGGCGGGGGGGCGGGGGCGCAGAGGCGCCGGCAGCCGUGACGAGGCGCUCCCGGAGCUGAGCGCUUCUGCUCCGGGCACGCAUGGCGCCCGCACACGGAGUCUGACCUGAUGUAGACGCAAGGGGGUUAAUAUGAACGUCCCUCUCGGUGGAAUCUGGCUCUGGCUCCCUCUGCUCUUGACCUGGCUCACCCCUGAGGUCAGCUCUUCAUGGUGGUACAUGAGAGCGACAGGUGGUUCCUCCAGGGUGAUGUGUGACAAUGUGCCAGGUCUGGUGAGCCGCCAGCGUCAGCUGUGCCACCGACACCCAGACGUGAUGCGCGCCAUUGGCCUGGGCGUGGCUGAGUGGACAGCAGAGUGCCAGCAUCAGUUCCGCCAGCAUCGCUGGAACUGCAACACCCUGGACAGAGACCACAGCCUCUUUGGCCGGGUCCUCCUCCGAAGUAGCCGGGAAUCGGCCUUUGUUUACGCCAUCUCCUCAGCUGGCGUUGUAUUUGCCAUCACCAGGGCCUGUAGCCAAGGAGAAUUAAAGUCCUGUUCCUGCGAUCCGAAGAAGAAAGGGAGUGGCAAGGACAGCAAAGGCACCUUCGACUGGGGCGGCUGUAGUGACAACAUUGACUACGGGAUCAAAUUCGCCCGUGCAUUUGUAGAUGCCAAGGAAAGGAAAGGCAAGGAUGCUAGAGCCCUGAUGAAUCUUCACAACAACAGAGCUGGAAGGAAGGCUGUAAAGCGCUUCCUGAAACAAGAAUGCAAGUGUCAUGGUGUGAGCGGUUCCUGUACUCUGAGGACAUGCUGGCUGGCCAUGGCUGACUUCAGGAAAACAGGCGACUAUCUCUGGAGGAAGUACAACGGGGCCAUCCAGGUGGUCAUGAACCAGGAUGGCACUGGCUUCACUGUAGCCAAUAAGAAGUUUAAGAAGCCAACGAAAAAUGACCUUGUGUAUUUUGAGAAUUCUCCAGACUACUGUAUCAGGGACCGAGAGGCAGGCUCACUGGGUACAGCAGGCCGUGUGUGCAACUUGACUUCCCGAGGCAUGGACAGCUGCGAAGUUAUGUGUUGUGGGAGAGGCUAUGACACAUCCCAUGUCACCCGGAUGACCAAGUGUGAGUGUAAAUUCCACUGGUGCUGUGCCGUGCGCUGUCAGGACUGCCUGGAAGCCCUGGACGUGCACACAUGCAAGGCCCCCAAGAGUGCCGACUGGACAACUCCUACAUGACCUCAGCAGAGGUCAUAUUCUCCCUUCCGUCCCUCAAGGACUCCAAUUACAUCUGCAAGGACGCUGGACCUCUGGGUGGUUUUCAGGGGGCUGUUUCUUGAGGCAUGUAGCCUGCAUCUCAACAGAAGCCCCUUUUCCUUCUCUGGGGGCCCCAGGACUGGGGAACACAUACUGCACAUAAGUAUCCCCUACUCUGUCUAUCUUGGGCAUUCUGAGGUAACCUCUUUUCCUGCUGAUUUCUUUUUGGAAAUGGCAUGACAGGCUGUUAGAGGAGGAGGGCCAUGGCCCUCACCACUGUCACCUAGACAUUUCCUCUUUCCUCUUUGACUAAGGAGAGAAACAAUAUCAUGUAACAAAGGAGCUUUCUCCGCGACUUCCCAGCAAUUCUAACAGUUCAGAGAGUUCAUGCUUCCCUCUGGGGGUCAGGGUAGGUAUGGGAAGUAGCAUCAACUGACACCAAAAUUUCCUCAUACUUUUUUUAAAAAGACGAAGCAAGGGCUUUAACUAAGUGGUCGCUGUUGCUACCAUCCUUGGUGAUUGCCUAGAGAAGGAUGGCCUCUAAACAUCAGGUUAAAACAU